AUGUCAUCACUUCUCACAUUCCUUCUCAUUUCCAUUCUCUCUUCCUGUUAUCUCUAUUACCUCAUCGUGGUGAGAUUGGAGAGCUUUUCACCUCAUUCCCGAAUUGUCCCCUACAAGGAAGAAGGUUUCUGUGGAAUGGAUGGCCAUUAUUAUGACAACAACAUGUCCAACAACACAUCCUCUCCUCAUCAUAACAUGAUGAAAAAGAUGAUGAUGCAUCGCGGACCCUGUGGUAUUUGUUCCAAUCCACACGAUUACGAAAUUUACAAGAAUACACGUUUGACCUUGACACGAACGGCCACUUUUUGUGCCACUUUGUAUUUAGUGUUGGGAGAAACGACGAGUCGACUCUGCAUGAAACAUCUCACCCACAUGACGGAUGCUUGUGUCGAGUGUUGGAUUUCGAAUAUUCAAUGCACAACGGCACAGUGUGCUCCGGUGUGUGUCAAGUAUUUUGUGAAGAAGGUGUGGUCCGAGAUGAUCAAGAUGAUGAUGAAUGGUUUUCAUUCUUCUCAACAAGAAGAAGAAUUUCCGAAUGAUCAGGAUGAUCGAGAAGAAGAACAAUCAAUGAAUCAUGUGGAUGAUGUUCCUAAUACUGAUGGCAAACAAGUGAGAAGAGGGAGGAUGAAAAAAGUAAAAUUGAAUUCUUGUUAUGAAUGUGAUGAAAUUCAAUGUGGACCUGCGUUUAAAACGUGUUCGGGAUUGAAUCGACGAAAUGCUGGUUUUGUGACGGAUAUUGAAAGACCAGAGGAGGAAAUUUGGAAAGGACACUAA